GUGUCUCGUGAUGCCAAUAACAUUGAAAGCAUUUUAGGUUUUUUACUUCCUUCUUUACUCUCGCUAUAAGAGUUCCUGGUCCAGCGUCUAUCUGAACCACACAGCGAGUGAUCCGAGUGAAGCACAUAACUCAUGGCAAGUGCGAAUCCCAGUGAGAGUGUGGAUAGUGAGCUGAGCUGCUCCAUCUGCCUGGACACGUUCGUCUGCCCUUCCACGCUGAGCUGUGGACACUCGUACUGCAUCCAGUGUCUGGAGGCCGCCUGGGAGACAGCGAGCAGCUUCCGCUGCCCGCAGUGCCGAGCAGCCUUCCCUGUCCGACCCCUGCUGAGGAGGAACGUGGCCCUCGCCAACCUGGCGGAGCAGCUCAGAGCUGAAGAUGUGAUGACCACGGGCGUCGUGUGUGACCACUGCAGAAACGGACAGACUCCUGCAGUGAGGACCUGCUUGAGAUGUGAGAUGUCUUACUGUGCGACGCACUUGAGGCCACACGUGGAGAAUCCCAGGCUAAGAGACCACCUCCUGGUGGAUCCCAUCGCUAACCUGGGGGAACGACGGUGCCGGCAGCACAGACAGGACCUCAUUCUUUACUGUCAACAGGAUGAGAGCCUGGUCUGCACAUUUUGCACCAUGGCUGGGGAACAUAGAGGGCAUGAGGUCAUUACAGUGGAAAAUGCUCAAUGGUCAAAACAGGAGGUGUUUAGACUCGAGAAGACGAUGAGAGAGGAGAAGAAGACUACAGCAGAAUCACGGACACAGCAGCUCAAGGGCGCCUACAAGCGUGUGCAGGAGUCACUGAAUGGAACCAAAGAGCGGAUCAACAGAGAAUUUAAGUGCAGGAGGGAGCAGCUGAGGGAGGAGGAGAGGGAGGCGCUGGAGCGCGUGGACGAGGAGGGCCGCUCUGUGCUGUCCCGCAUCCAGGCGACCAUCGCUCGCUAUGAGAGCAGAGCACAGGAUCUGGAGCAGGAGAUCAACCAGCUGCUCGCCGCCCUCACCGUGCAGGACCCGCUUUCCUUCCUACAGAAUCCCGUGCAUGAGAAUUUCAGGAGCUCAGUCUCUCAGGGGUCUCAGGAUGACCCAGCCCCCAUCUCCAGCUGUCUGAACCUCGCAAAAGCCAUCUCAGUGGGAGGCGUCCAAACGAAGCUUCUGCCUUUUCUCGAUGGAUGCUCACCAACUCUAGACACAAACUCAGCCCACAACGAACUCCAGAUUUCCUCUGAUCUCAGAACAGUGACAUGGAGCGGUGUCUCCCAGGGUCGCCCCCAUCACCCACACCGAUUUGAAGUCUAUCGACAAGCUCUGUGCUCCGAGAGCUUCUCGUCGGGUCAGCACUACUGGGAGGUGGACGUGGGGAGCAGUGCAUGGUUGUGUCGGAUUGCAGUCGCAUACGGGACAAUCCCACAGAGAGGAAGUGGUCCUGAGUACCUCCUAGGAGGGAGUGAUGUCUCCUGGAGUCUACAGAAAUAUAACAACAGCUUAUCAGUGUGGCAUGGCGGGGUAGAGACCUUACUGUCAGUGCCAGAGCCUCCGCAGAGAGUCGGGGUGCAUUUGGAUUGGGAUGCAGGACUCCUGUCAUUUUACAGCAUCGACUCCAUGGUGCUGUUACACUCAUUUUACCAAACCUUCACUCAACCCCUUUAUCCUGGGCUGUACGUGUGGGGUAAAGUUGGUGACUCAGUGACGAUUGUGGAUCUGAGUCGUGAAUCCUGAGAAAGAUGAAUGUGAACACCGUAGAGGUCUGAUACAACACACGACAAUCACACCAUCAUCACUUACACGCAGUGCUACAUCUUGGUGGGCACAGUGGUUUGGAGUGCAUGGCUUCGAUUAUAACGUAGGUGAGUGUAAUUCCUCACAACCUUUUAGGGAUCAUAAAAUAACUACCACUGUGGGUGUGAAGCCAACAUCAUUGUAUUCUCCCUGCCAGUGGAUUGUGUUUAUAGUGUAGGGGUACAAUGUUGAGCAAUCGUUAAAUGGAAUGUGUUUAUAUAGUAGUGGUGUAAUGGAUAGGGGUACAAUGAUUCUCUACUAUUGCAACUCAAUU